ACUCUAUACAGGUUGAAGGAAACAACAGAUUCUGAAUUUUCUUGUUUCAUUAGAGGAUAUAAGAUUUUCAUAUCGGAAGAAUAUAAUCACAAUGACAAUUGAAAACGCUGAGCUCACCACUGAGCAGGUUUUGAGGAGGGAUAUUCCAUGGGAGACUUACAUGACCACGAAACUGAUCAGCGGAACAGAUCUUCAGCUGUUGAGGCAUUAUGAUAAAAUGGCUGAAAGCUACAAAUCUCAGUUGCUGGAUAAUGACGGUCCAGCUUAUAUCCAUGUUUUUGUUACUACUUUACGAGAUGUCUUCAAGGAAGAAACUGUGGAAUAUGUUUUAGCUUUAAUUGAUGAAAUGCUUACAGCAAACCCAAGAAGAGCGAGAUUAUUCCAUGACAGCUCUUUAUCCAAUGAAGACACUUAUGAACCUUUCCUCAGAUUUCUUUGGAAAGGUAAUUGGUUCAUACAAGAGAAGAGCUGUAAGAUUCUCUCUUUGAUAGUGAGUGCCAGGCCAAAUGUUCAGAAUGUUGUUGAUGCAAAUGGAGAUGCCUCGAGUUCAAAGAGGACACUCACCACGAUGGAAAAUGUUCUGAAUGGCCUAGUGGAUUGGCUAUGCGCACAGCUGAGAAAGCCUUCUCAUCCUAGUUGUAGCAUUCCCUCUGCAAUCAAUAGUCUUGCAACUCUGUUGAAGGAGCCUGUUGUUCGACGUUCAUUUGUUCAAGAUGAUGGAGUGAAGCUGCUCGUUCCUUUAAUUUCACCAGCAUCUACUCAGCAGUCCAUUCAGCUUCUCUACGAGACAUGUCUAUGCGUUUGGCUUUUGUCUUACUAUGAACCUGCAAUUGAGUACUUGGCUACUUCUAGGGCCCUACCUCGAUUGAUUGAAGUUGUUAAAGGUUCGACAAAGGAGAAGGUAGUCAGAGUUGUCAUCUUGACUCUUAGGAAUUUGCUUGCCAGAGGGUCAUUUGGUGCUCAAAUGGUAGACCUGGAUGUGCUGCAAAUCGUACAGAGUUUGAAAGCGCAGGCUUGGAGUGAUGAGGACCUUUUGGACGCUCUGAAUCAACUUGAAGGAGGAUUGAAGGCCAACAUCAAAAAAUUGAGUUCGUAUGAUAAGUACAAGCAGGAAGUCCUACUUGGCAGUCUUGAUUGGUCCCCCAUGCAUAGGGAUCCUCUAUUCUGGAAGGAAAAUAUAACUUGUUUCGAGGAGAACGGAUUUCAGAUCUUACGAGUGCUCAUGACGAUUUUGGAUACAUCAAAUGAUGCUAGGACACUUGCUGUAGCUUGCUAUGACUUGUCACAGUUCAUUCAGUGCCAUCCUGCCGGGCGAGUCAUAGUGGCUGACCUCAAAGCUAAGGAACGGGUAAUGAAACUAUUGAACCACGGAACUGCAGAGGUCACGAAAAACGCCCUGCUUUGCAUCCAGAGGCUUUUCUUAGGCGCCAAAUACGCCAGCUUUUUGCAGGCUUAAAUUAUUU